AAGUUGGGCAGAGAACAUCGGCGUGAGCGUGAGCGGUUUUGGGCGGGCGAAACAGGAACCUCGACUUAUCCAGUCCCGCUCCUUGGUUGCCCAAAAAGGGGCAGGCCAUUUUCACUCCCCAGUCGAUAGAAAAGCUCGGGCGAUGGAUCCGAGCGGCCUCCGAGCCCUAAAUCUUCGGUGCUCUUCCAUCACGUUUCUCUACCCUCCUCGGCCCAUCAUCACUCGCUCCCCUCUCCUCUCCCAUCUCAACCCCAACAGCGCGAGGAGGAGGGGGGAGACUACAGCGAAGCCCUCAAAGAUCCUUCCUUUUCUCCUCGGAGCCUCUUCAUCUUCGACCUCCUCCUCCUCCUCCGCUCGUGCUCUUGAAAGAGGUGAUGCAGAUUACUGUUCCAAUGGCAUCGCUGGAGCUGUGAAAGAUGUUCCAGGCGACAAACUCCUUCAAGUUGUAUUAGUUUCUCCCCAGAUCCCGGGAAAUACAGGAUGCAUUGCCAGAACAUGUGCAGCAUCUGCAGUUGGUUUGCAUCUUGUCGAGCCAUUAGGAUACAAGAUAGACGACACAAAGCUGAAGCGUGCUGGAUUGGAUUAUUGGCCAUAUGUGGUGGUGAAGGUUCACGCAUCGUGGGCUGAUUUCCGAGAUUAUUUUAGGCAACAGGAUGGAGAGAAACGAUUGUUGGCAUUUACGAAGAAGGGCACAAGCAUCCAUUCGGAUUUCUCGUACAAGCGAGGGGACUGGCUAGUAUUUGGGUCAGAGACAAGCGGACUACCCCCAGAAGCCUUGCUUGACUGCAGCAGAGAAGGAAUGGGUGGUGGAACCAUCAAAAUUCCAAUGGUCGACACUUACGUUCGCUGCCUCAAUCUUUCCGUCAGUGUUGGUAUUGCUUUAUAUGAAGCAUCAAGACAGCUCAACUACGAACAUCUUCAGCUUCCAACCGUGACGGGUGCCGAGAGCCAAAGGCUCUUUAUCUCAGAAGAUAUAUUUGGAUGAGCAGAGGGCAGCAUGGGUCUUGUUAUAACGCUGGAGUCAUGGUGGUCAAUACCGUAUCUUGCUUUGCAGCGGAGGAGAUGCCUGAUGAAAGCUAUCCGGCGUUUCCGGAAAGCUGAAGUUCUUACAGCAAUGCAGAGGUGGCGUCAGGAUGUAAUUUUCUGCUGCUCACUGAUAUUUUUUUUUUAUUUGGCUAUGGUAAAUUUUCUUCGUUACUUUAUUUAUCCUAUUCUCUUAUUCUAUGUAGCAAAUUUAUCUUUAGCUACAUGCACUAUUUUAUUGUUCACGGACUGUCCCAGGUAAAGCAUAUCGUUUUAUUCUUUCUUA